AUGGACAGGCGGAGAGGACGGGGCCCUCCGAAGGAUCCUGAGCCCGAGUGGAAGAAGGACUCUGACAUCCGUGCUCAGGAAGCGCCCCUCACGGGCGCUGGGCGGAAGCACCGAGCCGGUGACCCUCGGCGAGGCUGCACCGGCGGCCCUUGGCGGGUGCACGCGGACCAUCUCGCUGACGUGCUCCCGCCCCUCCUGGGCCCCGGGGGCUCUGCCGUGUGCUGCCCUUGCUGGACGGCCCCCGCGGCCUUACAUAACGCUUCGAAGCUGGAGGGGGCGGACGGAGAGUCCACUGGGAGCAGUGGGAAAGCAGCGCACGCCCCGGCGCCCAGCCUCACCUCCCGCCUCCUGCUGAUCCCAGAUGACGGGAGGGAGGCGCGGGGCAGACAGGAAGGGCCGGGCACCAUCUCCCCUGGCCAGGCAGAGAAGGGUCCCAUGAGGACGGGGGGUGGCCCCGCAGGGCUGGCACCAGGCCAACCUGCACGGCUGAGUUCCAGGAGGAAGGGCCAGAAGCACUCCUGUGAAGCCUGGCCCCCCAACCCCGGCUCCUCUCUCUGCUUCCGCGGUGCCCUCUGCCCCCAGCCUCGAGCAGAAGAACCGAGGGAGCGCAAACCAUUCGGCUAUAAGGGUGGGAUGUCAGACCCGGGACAGGUGGACGAAGAGGGCUUCAGCUGGGGCUUUUCUGAAGACUCUCACACCCCCAGCCCCAGGUCCUAA